AUGGCCUCUGCGACGAAUCUAGAUCUACUCUCAACGCGCAAUCGUGGAGAAGUUCAUGUUGAGAAUAUCUCCCAAGAGGCAGCCGACAGGGUCAACCAUAUUGUUCAUCAUCUCCUCGCUAUAUAUGCCCUUGGUGCUACGCCCGGCGAGAUACAAAGGGCGUACGAUCUCAACGUUCGGUACCAACUACCAAUACAUGAAAAUGCACCCAAAAUCUCCGGAGAUAUGCGCGAUCCAGAUAUUUUCCAAACAUACACAGGAAUGCCGAAACACUAUAAAGACUACCUCAAAUUCUUCACCCACGAGGUAUGUGAGAAAGGGAUUGCAGCAACGUUGAAUGAGUAUUUAUUCAAAAAUGAUGAACGGGCAAAUGAUAUGUUAGCAAGGCUAUAUGAUGGCCUACUGCACUCGUUUAUUCACCUAGGAUACGGUGUUGAAUUUCAACAACCCCUAAUUGUAGUCGAAGCGCUGGCACAGGCUGCCAUAACAGAGAGAUGGCUAGAGGAUACAUGCGACCUCGUCACACAGCAUAAAUCAAGUCACAAAUACAGCGGGGAUCCAUCUGUUCUAUCUCUCUACUCCAAUCUUCACCAUGACCCCGUUAUCUACAGUGCUGUUCGCCCGAACGACCCGCCCAAUAAACUGCGAGAUGGCCUGAUUGCUCGAGCUAAACACGCAAUUAUCCCAUAUCUUGCCCAAUUCACUGUGCGACCUGAUCAACUAGAGAAGAAAGCCGCGGAACUAGCAAACUGUAGCCUCUACGUCGCUGCAUCGGCACAACGACCGGGCAAAAUCGAAAUGUUUGAUUUCUUUCUCAUGCAUUCAGUCAACGCAUCUAUUUGGCUAUCGGUGUUUCUCAAACAAGAAUGGAUCUCUGAUGAAUUAAAAUGCAAACUAGUGGAGCUCAAGGGCUGGUCCGACCUCGUCACUUACUCAGCCUGCAGGACGCCAGAACUGUACCCAGACCGAGCGCUACAGUAUCAACCGAAGCAGCCUGGUGAUUGGAGAAGCAUUUUUAGACGAGCUAGAUGCUACAAUGACGACGGACACGCGGCCAAGUUCAUUCGCUCCAUUCGAAACAUCGAACAGAUCUCCGAACGAUUUGCAGGUACCGCUGGUUUUCCACUACAACAGCAACAGUAUCUUACAAUUGCACAUAUGGUAAUGGACUCGGUGGAGAGAAUGAAUAGUCCCGACUAUAGCCUUCCGCCACAAGCUACCUUUGUUUUCGGGAUUAAUACAGAAGUAUUGCGUAUUAUGUUCCGGUGGGUCAGAUGGAAUGGUCUCGACGAGGCGUGGGAUCAUGUGCCUGAUAUCGGAAAGACCGCUAGAUUAUAA